GCGAUGCAACUGCUUGGAAACAUGGCGUUCGCAGCGCCCGUUAUAUGACUGCGCCUACAGACGCCCGCGUAGCUCUGCUAACUCUGUGCGCGACCAAACACUGCGCUGCGAGCUGCACCUUGCCAUUCCGUGUCUCGCACACUUGCAUCGUGCGCGCCUACAACUCAACCGCAAGCCGCCCUUCGCUGCACCUUCGCACCCACCACUCGCUAUGGCCGACGUAAGCCGCAAACGCGCGCUGGACGGCGACGCUGCGCAUCGCCCCUACAAAAAACCAAAGACCUCCGAGCUUCCCCUAGAGCAGUCCAAGCGCGCUGCCAUCGACCAACUCGUGCACACCUUCCGCAAGAAGGGCGAGUUCGACAGUAUUCGCAAUGCCGUUCGCGCGCAGUUUGAGGCCAGCCCGGCGAAAGCCAACCUCCUGGAAUCUCUCGCAGACCUGGUCGAUCGCGAAACCGAUAAGAAUCCCUCGUUGCUGUCAAGAGAUCCGAACAUGGCAGCGGGACUAAUCGAAGGCGCCGGAGAGCGCAGCGACAUAUACAAAGCAGCACGCGACGCCAUCGAAGAAAUGGUCAACAACCUCAUAGAAUCCCAAGGCCGCGACAAGAUGCGCGAGUAUCGUGUCGCUGAAGUCGGCGAAGAAGUUGCUGCCGAGGAAGAGCAGCGGGGGAGCAAGAGCGAGGAGGAGUGGGCUCGUGAGGCAGAGCAGAGGCGAAGCGAGCGCGAAGCUGUGAGGGAGAAGGAGAUGGAGGAGGAGCGCGCGCGUGAGAAGGAAGAGAAGGCGAGGAAAGAGGAGCGCCGUCGUCGCGAGCGGGAAGAGGACGAGGCUCGUGCAAAAGAACGCCAAGAACGUGCGGAGAAGAGGCGCCAGGAGGAAGAGGAGCGUCGACGCCUAGACCGCGAGCGCAUUGAACGUGAGAAGGAAGAAGAGAAGCAAAACAGGGAGAAGGAGGAAGCCGAGCGUGCUGCCCGCCUUAAGAGGAUCCGGGAGGAGGACCGAGAACGCGAACGGAAGUUCGAGGAGGAACGGCAACGCGAGCGCGAACGAGAGCGCGAACGAGAGCGCGACCGCGACCGGGACCGGGACCGCCGUCGUGAUAGCCGACGCGAGCACCGCCGCGGCAGUCGAGCACGCAGCAGGACUCCCGAUCGGCGUAGAGACCGCUCGAGGGAUCGCGAUGACGACCGCGCGAGGACCAGACGAAGGUCGCGCACAAGGUCACCCGAGCCUAUCAAAGAUGUCAAACUAGAGGACGUCAAAGUCGAGGUUGACGAUGAUUUGGCUCUCAAAGCUUUGCUCCAGGAAACUGAGGAAAUGAAGAAAUCCAAGUCCCGUGGCCCUUUUCUCUCCCGCCGUUCGGUAUCACUUGAGCCUCCACUACGGAAAGCACGCCCACCAAAGUCGUUGGUGCCCGAGGACCCAAUCGCCGCUAGGCUGGCCGCGAUCGAAGCUCUACCGACUACUCCGAAAGACCACGGUACUCCUAUGGAGGAAGGACUCAUUCUCAAGUCAACCGAGUCGGAAGCCAAAUCACGAUGGGACCGACCACCUGAUAGCAAGCACGACAAAUACCGGGGCCGCUCGCGCUCUCGCAGCAUCGCUCGUAGUGUGAGCAUACGCAAGCACAGCCGAAGUCGCUCACGCGGAAGCCGUGUCGACAGACGCGCCUCCCUCAUUGAGGACGAUCGCCGCUCAAAACGCGAUGACGACAAACGUUCCUCCCGACCCCGCGACGACAGCAGACGCCGUGGCAGAGACGACCAUGACGACCGGCGCUCCCGCCGGCCCCGAAGCCCCUCCCGAGAAACAUACUCCAGCCGCCGCAAGUCCCGCCGUAGCCCCUCCCCCGACGACCGCCGCAAAGACCGCCCAAGAUCUCGCUCCCGCUCCCGCUCUCGCUCCCGUGGCGCCGCACGAACCCGCGAUCGCUCGCCCGCCCGGCGCCGCGGCGGUACCCGCUCUCGCAGCCCUGACAGAGACCGAGGAAACGACCGCUGGGCACCCGGUGAUGGUCGCAGACGCGACGACAGUCGCGACAGGAACGAUCGCGAUCGCACGGAUGACAGGCGACCGCGCCGGGACGACAGAAACUUCCGCAGAAAAGACUACGAUCGGUACGAUGGGAAUCGGGAGGGGAGGACACGCCUGCAGGAGUCGGAUAGGUACCUUCCUGGGCGGGAGGCCGCGGGGGAUGACCGCGGCAAAGAGCGUGAACGGAGUCGUGAUCGUGAUCGUGAUCGUGAUCGUGGGGGGAGGAGGAGGGACAGAACGAGAAGUCGGAGUCGCACCAGGAGUCGCACCAGGCGCCGUUAGGAGCGGGGCCACCAUGGACGAGAUCGCGGAGACGGAAGAAGGGGAGAUCGAUGACCGGUCAAAUUCGAGUAACGUGGGAGAGACGGGAGGAGGUGAGGUGAGGUUUGUAACGCCGUUUCCGAGUGGAAUGAAAUGAACAGGCAUUUGUGAGAUCAUCAGGGAAGAGGGCUAGAGCGAUCUCCCGAUUCGCCUGCUUCAGUGUGGGCGAUUUUACACAAUCUCUUGCCUCUCAAUCGACGCGUGUAGCGUU